AUGUCGUCAGCGCCCCCUCCGGCGGUGCAGAAGAACAAAUCCAAGGAAUUUUACGAUUUGGUUCGACGUAUAGGGGAGUGUAAGAGCAAGACAGAUGAAGACGUCAUCAUGCAGCGCGAGUCGAUGUACCUUCGAGCGCUGCUACAGCAGCCCAAGAUUGAUAAAAUGAAGAUCAAGGAAGUCAUGCUGCGGUUGAUGUAUCUGGAAAUGCUCGGUCACGACGCGUCGUUCGGACACAUACACGCGGUGAAAGCGUGCGUGGAGAGCGACAUCGCGAUAAAACGAGCGGGGUACCUGGCGACGACGUCGUUUUUAAACGAAGAUCACGAUUUGAUCAUUUUAAUCGUGAACACGGUGCAGCAAGAUUUAAAGAGCGAUGAUUAUUUGGUCGUGUGCGCGGCGUUGACGGCCAUCAUGCGGUUGGUGAACGAGGAUACGGUGCCGGCGGUGUUGCCGCAAGUUACAUCAUUGCUCAUGCAUCCCGUGGCCCACGUGCGGAAGAAGGCGGUGAUGGCACUCAUGCGAUUUUAUCAAAAGAGUCCGCAGAGUGUGAGUCAUUUACACGGCAAGUUUCGAGAGAUGAUUUGCGAUAAGGAUCCAAGCGUCAUGUCCGCGGCUGUGUGUGCUUUACACGAACUGGUGGCGCACGAUCCCGAACCACACAAGAAUUUGUCGUCGAGCUUCGUGAGCGUGCUCAAGCAAGUCAUCGAUCGAAGAUUACCAAAGUCGUACGAAUACCACAGGACGCCGGCUCCGUUUGUGCAAAUCAAGUUAUUGAAGAUAUUAGCAAUCUUAGGCGCUCAUGACAAGACCACGAGCAGCGAGAUGUAUAAUGUUUUGGAAGACACGCUCGCGCGGGCGACAGACUCUAAGAACCAAAUAGGUAACGCUCUGGUGUACGAAUCGGUGAGGACAAUCACAAGCAUCUAUCCAAACCCGCAAUUGUUGGCGCAGUGCGCGAUGGUGAUAUCUCGGUUCAUCAAGAGCUCAAACAACAAUUUGAAAUAUGCUGGCUUGAAUACACUGGCAUGUAUAGUAAACGUCAAUCCGCAGUACGCGGCAGAGCAUCAGAUGGCGGUCGUGGACUGCUUGGAAGACUCCGACGAGACGUUGCGCAAAAAGACGCUCGACUUGCUCUACAAGAUGACAAAACCAAACAACGUGGAGGUGAUCGUCGAGCGUAUGUUGGCCUUUUUGAAACGGGACGGCGACAAAUAUAGCGAUCAGUACGUGCGAGAGGAGACGGCUUCACGUGUCGCAGAACUCGCGGAGAGAUAUGCCCCCGACGCAAAGUGGUACGUGGAAGUCAUGACGGAACUCUUUGAGACGGCGGGCGACGUGGUAAAGCCAUCCAUCGGUCAGGGUUUAAUGCGUCUAUUAGCUGAAGGCACGGGAGAUGAUGCUAUCGAUGAUCUUUCGCGCAAAUCUGCCGUUAAUGCGUACGUGAAUUUGCUUCACAAGCCAAAACUUCCUCUCGUCUUGUUGAAGACGAUGGUUUGGGUCCUCGGCGAGCUCGGGGAACUGAGCGGUCGGAACGCCGAGACGCUGAUGGACAUGCUCGUUGAAGUCACGGAGAAGCAAAUUCAUGGCCCCGCAGUUGAGACUUUAGUUUUGAGCGCCAUAGCGAAGAUAGCACGUCGCGCCAGUGGUGGGUUGAGCCCAAACGCGCGCGCAUUCGUCGAGCAAAACGCGAAGAGCAAAUUCGUAGAGAAGCAGCAACGUGCGCUCGAAGUCGAUGUGCUCGUGGGUGAGGAGACGCAGAUACUUUCGGGUGUCAUCGCACCUUCCGCAGUAGAUGUCAACGUGGAUGCAUCGCUGAGUAUGCUGAAUCAAUACGUCUCAAAUGCGCUCGCAAACGGUGCAAAGCCGUACCAGGAAAAGGCGCAACGA